AUGUUGUUGGUCAAGGCGGCCUUUUUGGCGGCUGUCGUGGCGGCUGCCGACGCCGUUGCGCCGGCAGAUCUGGCCGUUAACAAAACCGAUUCCAUCAUUGGGGUUGCCAACACCCUGGCCAAGGGCGCCAUGUCGUACUACUCUGGAAACGCAUCGAGUUUUGCUGACUUGCCAGACCCAUACUACUGGUGGGAGGCCGGUGCAUUGAUGGGUGCGAUGCUGGACUACUCGUACUACACCAACGACACCACGUACGACGACAUUGUUGCGACGGCCAUCUUGCAAAACACCGGCCCCGCCCACGACUUUAUCGUGCCGGCCCACGAACUCGACGAGGGCAACGACGACCAGGCCUUUUGGGGAUUCACUGUGCUCACUGCUGCGGAGCACAACUUUACGCAGCCCGCAGAGUUGACGCCCAAGGGCGUGCCCAGCUGGCUGGACCUGAGCAUCAAUGUGUGGAACAACAUGGUCGUGCGCUGGAACACGACCAAGUGUGCGGGCGGCUUCACGUGGCAGAUCUACGCGGACAACUUCAACGGCCUGAACUACAAGAACUCGGCGAGCAACGGCGGCUUCUUCCUCAUCUCCGCACGCCUGGCGCUGCUCACUGGCAACAAGACGUACGUCGACUGGGCCCAAAAGGUGUGGGACUGGACGGACGCCGUCGGCAUCAUUGACAAGUACUACAACGUGUAUGACGGCACCGACUCGGCCACGAACUGCACGCAGAUCAACGCGCUCAGCUUCUCGUACCAAAACGGCAUUUUCCUGUACGGCGCCGCGGCGCUGGCCAAUCAUACGGGUGAUGCCGUAUGGAAGACGCGUGCCGAGGGCCUGCUGGACGCGGCCCGUCAUUUCUUCUCGCCCGACAAGAACGCGACCAACAUCAUGUGGGAGCACGCCUGCGAGGGCGUCGGCACCUGUACCAAGGACAUGAAGACCUUCAAGGGAUUCCUGUCCCGCUUCAUGUACUCGUCCGUCCAGGUGCUUCCGUCGCUGGCGCCCAACGUGACCGACUACAUGCGCGCCUCGGCCGCGGCUGCCGGUAAGGCCUGCACGGGCGCCAACAUUGACGGAGCGCCGACGCAAAACGGCACCACAUGCGGCCAGAAGUGGUACGUCGGCGGGUUCGACGGAAGUGUGGGCUUGGGCCAAGAGAUGUGUGCGCUCGAGACGGUGCAGGGCCUCCUGGGGCUCAACAAGGUGCUGGGCAUAGACCAAGCGCCCCCGCCGUCACCGUCGCCAACGGCGCCGGCGCCGGCGCCGUCGCCCUCGGGAGACAAAACCAAAAACGCCAGCCCGCGGGGUAUGUCGCACAUCGACCUGCGGUGGACGGUCGUCAGCAUGGCCUGUGCUUUGUUUGCCUACGGCAUGGCAUAG